AUGAACACAAAGGCCUUCAUCUUCAGAAUCAACGAAAAUGGAGAAGGAUUAGAAGUGGUUCGUAAUGUUUGUUUGGAGCGAAAUUGGGUAGAAUUUGAUGAAGAUAUACAUGAUGAAUCAGAAUGGAAUGUUUGGUGGAAAUCUGCCCGAUUCAGAUCUAGUGAUUAUGACAAUCUGAUGCCAUGGCAACGUUUAAACCAUUAUCCAAAAUCAACGACUAUCACCAGAAAAGAUUGCCUGGCGAGAAAUCUUAAACGUAUGAAAGGAGUAUAUGGUCCUACUGUGUAUAAUUUUUGCCCAAUGUCUUUCAAUUUACCAAAUGACUACACUAAAUUUGUGGCUGAAUAUUCUAAAAUGAAAACUAAAAAUGAAGAGAAACAUUUAUUAUGGAUUUGUAAACCGAUUGAUAUGUCGCGUGGUCGAGGAAUAUUUAUUUUUAAAGAUUUAUCAGACUUGCAUUAUAAUAGCAGUGCUGUUGUACAAAAAUACAUCACGAAUCCUAUGUUGAUAUCCGGUUAUAAAUUUGAUUUAAGAAUUUAUGUAGCUGUGCCUUCUUUUCAUCCACUACAAAUUUACAUACAUCAAGAAAGCAUUGUGCGAUUUAGUACUGAUAAAUAUGAUUUAAACAAUUUAAAUAAUGUUUUCUCACAUUUAACAAAUUCUUCCAUCAAUAAAUUUAGUCCAAACUAUAUGGCAGCCAAGGAGAGGAUUGGGGCUGGAUGUAAAUGGACGUUAACUCAACUACGCUAUUAUUUUCAUCAGAAUCAUAUCGAUGACAGUUUAUUGUGGCAGAAGAUAAUUAAUAUUAUCACAUUGACUUUGAUAACCCAGUCUCCUCAUGUACCAAAAGUUGAUAACUGUUCCGAGCUGUAUGGAUUUGAUAUCUUAGUGGAUGAAAAACAGAAGCCAUGGUUGAUAGAAGUUAAUUUUAGUCCCAGUCUAGUGACAGAUUGUCAAACAGAUUAUCAGGUGAAAAAGCCUGUGGUACAUGACUUUAUGGAAAUGUUGAAUUUAAAAGACUCUGAU